UUGGUAGUUGAAAAUAGGAACCGGGGCGGAGGAAACAAGAAAGUGCGUGUGUGGUGAGAGAGAAAAAGAGAUAAAGGAAGAGAGAGAGAGAAAGCGAGAUGGAGCUGCUGGGAUGGUGGUUGAUGCUAGUGGGUACCCUUCGGCUUGCAUCGGUAUGGUUCGGUUUCGUCGACAUUUGGGCUCUUCGUCUCGCUGUUUUCUCCAAAACCACCAUGACAGAAGUUCAUGGGAGGACAUUUGGAGUGUGGACUCUUCUAACCUGCACUCUUUGCUAUCUUUGUGCAUUUAACCUUCAUGACAGACCGUUGUAUUUGGCAACCAUUUUAUCAUUCGUCUAUGCCUUUGGUCAUUUCUUGACAGAGUUCUUGAUCUAUCAAACAAUGGAAAUAAAAAAUCUGGUCACUGUUGGUAUAUUUGCAGGCACAUCUAUAGUUUGGAUGUUGUUGCAGUGGAAUGCACACCAACAGGUCAAAACCAAGAGUCAAUAGAACCAAAUCAACAGCAGUGGCUUUAAGCAGAUAUAUCGGAUCCUUUCGACCUAUGCCUUUGCUGCUGCAAUUUAAGGCCUCAAAGUUUUAGAUGGGAAGCAUGCUUUCAUGGUUGAGCUCCGAAAGAAUCCCUCUUGGAACUUUUUGGUCACAAUUUUCUCAUUGUAAUGUCUCAAUGCCUUCUUUAUUUCUGAUUGGCUUUUGUAACAAUGCGAAAGAUUAUAUGUCUUUCAAACUUAUUUUAUUGGAAAUUUUGAGACUACUUUCUUAAACGUAGAAUGACCCAAGUUUUUGUUUUCUACUAGUAUUAUUUUAUGCAAGUGGAUCC